AUGGUACCUAGACUUAUAGUACACAAUUUGAACCAGAUUGACAUUGUCAACCCAGUUGACCGGCCUAGCCUAAUAGUUCGACAGAAUCCAGAGACCCACCAAUACCUACGAAUUAUGCUAUUGCCAGAAACAGGGGCCGCGCGCGUAGUCACGCCUGGUGCAACAAAGCACACCGAGGCCUCUAUUCGAGCCCGGCUCAACAAUGAGUUCCUGGCCAAGUCCCGCAUCGAGUCAACCUGGCCUGAGUCAGCUACAGGCCUUCAGUCUUUUGCUGACGGCGAGCCUUUUGGUGCCAAUUUCAAGAUUGUAUACUGUCUCGUCUAUGUGCUCCCUCUACAUGUAUCGGCGUCGACAAGGGCCGCGGCUGUCAUGGUUGCGAUUAGAACCCUUGGGGCAGCUUUGGGGAGACUGGGCUAUGUGGAGGAAUAUGGUAGCCGUAUGAGCUCUUCGUCCUUCAGCGUCUGCACCUGGCCCAUGGCGGAAACUUACACAAUUAUGCAGGGUCCUAUUACUGAGGAAUGCCUUUUCCGCUCCGCAGCUGUGCCGUUACUCUUGGUGGCUGGUUGUAGCAUCAAACGCAUCAUAUUCUUUUCGCCCCUUGCUUUUGGGCUUGCACACCUCCACCACUUCUAUGAGUUCCGCGUCACGCAUCCCGAAACGCCUCUUGUAGCUGCAAUCGCCCGCUCUAUUCUUCAGCUGUCCUAUACCAGUGUGUUUGGGGCCUAUGCUACAUUUAUCUUCCUGCGUACCGGAUCGCUGCUAUCUGUUAUCGCCGUUCAUACGCUAUGUAACUCAAUAGGCCUUCCUCGUGUUUGGGGUGUUUUAGAGCCAUAUUGGCUCUCGGAUAAUGAGCUCUCCCAACCCAGCAAUGUGUUGAAGUGGACUGUCCCGUACUACGUGUUGCUUCUGGGAGGCUCCAUUUUGUGGUGGCAAAAUAUAUCCUCAUUGACGACUUCGCCAAUGGCUCUCGCCGAGUUUUAG